GUGGAAAUCUCUCUGAGAAGCUGCCAUCUAUCUCCCCGCCACCCUCGCGUCCCCGUCUCUUCCUCCCUCCCUUCCUCCCGUCUCCUCUCGGUUCCCUCCCGCUUCCCCCCGUACCUUCCCCUCGACUCUCUGAGUUAACUGGGAGCUCAGCCUCCACCCCCAACAUUCCCACCCAUUCCCCAGCCCCCAUCUCCAAGGAUGGAGUCGGGGUUUCCGGAGAGACCAAACUCCCCUCUCUGCAUCUUUUCCGUCCGCUGUUGCUAAACUGGCCUCAGAGGACGAGGAGGGAGAGCGUCCGACUCCCCUCACACCACCACCAACUACACCACCAACCACCUCCACUCCAAAGCCGGAUUCUGUCUGCGUCCUAGGGGUGGGACACACCUUGUCCCGGACUCGAUUCUCUUCCUACUCUUCGAGGUUGACACCUCCAGAAUGAAGAAGAUGAGCAACAUUUAUGAGUCGGCUGCCAAUACGCUGGGAAUCUUUAACAGCCCCUGCCUGACCAAAGUUGAGCUGCGUGUGGCGUGCAAAGGCAUUUCCGACAGAGAUGCUCUUUCCAAACCAGACCCCUGUGUCAUCCUCAAGAUGCAAUCCCACGGGCAGUGGUUUGAGGUUGACAGAACAGAGGUGAUUCGCACCUGCAUAAACCCGGUGUAUUCAAAACUGUUCACUGUGGACUUUUACUUUGAAGAGGUGCAGCGCCUGCGGUUUGAAGUUCAUGACAUCAGCAGCAACCAUAACGGGCUGAAGGAGGCCGACUUCCUGGGUGGCAUGGAGUGCACGCUCGGCCAGAUUGUUUCCCAGAGAAAACUGUCUAAAUCCUUGUUGAAGCAUGGGAACACAGCAGGGAAAUCCUCCAUCACGGUGAUUGCUGAAGAAUUAUCUGGCAAUGAUGACUACGUUGAACUUGCAUUCAAUGCACGAAAAUUGGAUGACAAGGAUUUCUUCAGUAAAUCUGACCCAUUUCUGGAAAUUUUUCGUAUGAAUGAUGAUGCAACCCAGCAGCUUGUACACCGAACUGAGGUUGUGAUGAAUAACUUAAGCCCAGCCUGGAAAUCAUUCAAAGUAUCAGUCAAUUCUCUAUGCAGUGGAGAUCCAGACCGCCGGCUGAAGUGCAUAGUAUGGGACUGGGACUCCAAUGGCAAACAUGACUUCAUUGGAGAAUUCACCUCGACAUUCAAAGAGAUGAGAGGAGCAAUGGAAGGGAAACAGGUGCAGUGGGAGUGCAUCAACCCCAAGUACAAAGCCAAGAAGAAGAACUAUAAGAACUCAGGCAUUGUGAUUUUGAAUCAGUGCAAGAUCCACAAGAUGCAUUCUUUCUUGGACUACAUCAUGGGCGGCUGCCAAAUCCAGUUUACAGUAGCUAUAGAUUUCACUGCCUCAAAUGGGGACCCCAGGAACAGCUGUUCCCUGCACUACACACCUUACCAACCCAACGAGUACCUGAAAGCCUUGGUGGCUGUGGGCGAGAUUUGCCAAGACUAUGACAGUGACAAAAUGUUCCCGGCCUUUGGGUUCGGUGCCAGGAUACCCCCAGAGUACACGGUCUCUCACGACUUCGCGAUCAACUUUAAUGAAGACAACCCAGAAUGUGCAGGAAUUCAAGGAGUUGUGGAAGCCUAUCAGAGCUGCCUUCCCAAGCUCCAACUCUACGGUCCCACCAACAGCCCCAUCAUUCAGAAGGUCGCCAAGUCAGCGUCAGAAGAGACUAACACCAAGGAGGCAUCGCAAUACUUCAUCCUGCUGAUCCUCACCGACGGCGUCAUCACAGACAUGGCCGACACCCGGGAGGCCAUCGUCCACGCCUCCCACCUCCCCAUGUCGGUCAUCAUCGUCGGGGUGGGCAAUGCUGACUUCAGCGACAUGCAGAUGCUGGAUGGUGACGACGGCAUUCUGAGGUCACCCAAGGGAGAGCCUGUCCUUCGAGACAUCGUCCAGUUCGUGCCCUUCAGGAACUUCAAACACGCAUCUCCAGCUGCCCUGGCAAAGAGUGUGUUGGCUGAAGUCCCAAAUCAAGUCGUGGACUAUUACAAUGGCAAAGGGAUUAAGCCAAAAUGUUCAUCAGAAAUGUAUGAGUCUUCCAGAACACUAGCGCCGUGAACUCCGCAAGCUUUUCCAGAGUUCUGAAACACUAUUCCUGAUAACAUUUACUACUUCUACUACUCCUGUACUUAAAAAGACACACACACAUACACAUUUAAAAAAUAGCACGUUUGGGUGAUUUUUAACUAACUGACAAUUUUUUUUGCAUGUGUAGCCCUGAGGCCUGGAUCUGUUAAGCUCUUGUAUUGUCAAAGACUUUUUACAAGGAAACACAAAUAAUUGUAACUUACUCUUUACAUUAUAGCAUGUCGCCUUGAAAUAAAUGUUGUCUGUAUCCGUUUUUUUAUACAGGUUUGUCGAAAAUUUUGCUAAAUUUCUUAUUAUCUUUACACUGUGAAGCAUUUUGAAACAUUUACCGAACGUCGAUAGCCAAAACAUAUUUGGUUUUAUCUGCUACAGGAUGAGAGACUUUUCAAAAUGGCAGAUGCAUGGACUGUAUUUUGCAUGUUUAAAAUAAAAACAAACCAACAAACAAACCACACUGUUUUUUGCAGUUGUUAUCUAUAAUCCCUCCCUGCUAUAACGGUCUCUUUGCUGAAGAAAAGGUUCAUCCACCUAGACAUAGACUUCUAGAAGUGGGUCUGGGGCACCUCUCAGCCAGCACCUCUCAGACUUGACUGUGCACACAGACUACCUGAGGAUCUUGUUAAAAUCAGACUGGUGCAACAGGUCCGCAGGACCCAAGAUUCUGCAUCUCUAACAAGGGUCCCAGGUGACGCCAUUGCAGUCUACACUGAAGAGUACUGAGGUUCUAGGCUUUGGGGUAUCAUCCUAGAGACCGUCUGAAACAGGGAAGCACCUCGUCUGCUUGCGAAGGGCACUGUCCCCUGCCGGUAGCACAAAAGUCCCACCUGUCUCCGAGGUGGGAAUAGAAAGUAGUGAAACUGAUUCCAGAAGCUGCAUACCCCAAAUCAGUCUCCUGCUUUAUAGUCACUCCUCUUCCUUAAAAAGACUGGGGAGGGUUCCUCCUUGCCAGCACCUGCCCUCUUAAAGGAGGCAUCACACGACCUCAACAGGAAUGGUUCCAUUUUUAUGUCAAUCCCUAGGAGAGACCUCAGAGUCUUCAGUGGGACCACAACAAUGGAAACUUGUUCAUGGCCAAUGGCCAUGGCGGUAUGGUUCUCCAGAAACUUGGCCCACCGAGCUGAUCUUUAAGCUUAGUGUGGGGCUUCUGACUGCCUCUUUUUAUCACUCCUGAGAGCAAAUUCUACCAGCAGAAAUGCCUAGAAUCAUUGUUCUGUGUGGAGGUGUUUUGUUUGAUAGAAACCGGC